AUUGUGUUCUGUGGUCUGCAUAAACAUGUAUGUACAUGUCAUGAGUUGUGGGUGAUCAAAUUUUUGCAGCCUUGUGAAAAUUGUAAUCACAUUUAUGUUUUUGUGCAUCGAAAACAAACAAAAAGUUCCUACGAUUUAAAGUUGAAGUCUCAUCACUCUCAUCGCACCAGCUUGUUAUAUAUAAUACUCAGAAGAUUUAAAAAGUUCGAGAAUGAAUCCAGAUUUGUUGCAAGCCAGUGACAGCAGCGAUGAAGAUUAUGUACCCCAUAUCAAAUUCGAAGAUACCUCCUCCGAUUUGGACUCUGAUGGAAGCAUGCAGCAGAAAACUUCACCGAACAAAGAAUCAUGUUCCAAAUCUAAAAAAAGAAGAAAGAACACUUCAAAGUGUAACAAAAAACUUAAGAAUAUCGACCAAUCAAAACCAACCGAUUUCCAAUCUGAGGUCCUUACAGAAAAUGACAAAAAACAAAAAGAAGAUGAUGUGUGGGCAAAUUUUAUGAAAGAUACAGGUUUCAAGUCUAAAUCUGAAUGUGUAGGUAAUCAAUCGACAAAAUUAUUAUCAUCAAGUAAUAAGGACGAAUAUAAAAACACUACAGAAGAAAAUAAAUCGAAAAAAGGCUCAGCAAUAGAAGUUUUUAAUUUUGCCGGAGAAAAUGUCGUUGUCAACAAACAGGAAAAACGACGAUCUGAACCUGAAAAUGUUAACCAAGGAUCAACAUCAAAAAACACAAACACUCAAGCGAAUGAAUCCAAGACCCACUCCAGUGGAAUAGGUGGAAUACUUAAUCAAUUAGGUAAAAGGACAAAAAUUAACACUUUGGAAAAAUCAAAGUUAGAUUGGGAUCAGUUUAAAAGAGAAGAAAAUCUGGAAGAAGAACUUCAAACAUUUAAUCGGGGAAAGGAUGGUUAUUUGGAGAAACAAGACUUUUUAAAUAGAGCAGAUUUAAGAAGAUUUGAAAUAGAACGUGAACUGCGAACAAUUGAAAGAAGUAAAAGAGGAAAUAAUUUGUUAUAAUAAACAUCAUUGUUAUACAUAUCAAGUAUUAUGUGUAAAUUUUAUUACAUUCCGUUCAGUUGUAAUUAUUUAAUUUUAAUUAAGAAGUUUUGAGUUGGUGGAACCGUAAAGCGUUUUUAAAUAUGCAUGUACAGACUCGAUUUAAUAAAAGAGAAUAACGUAAAGUAUAGACUUUUUUAAAUAUUGGCAAGGUAUUGUAAAACUACCAACUAAAACGUCUGAGAUAUUUCUGUUUCUUUCUUCGUCCGACAAGCUGUAUUUUCGCAAAUAAAGAAUGCUCACAUUUCUUAGCAUUUUAGAGGCGGAGACGUUUUCAAGCGGAUCAGAUGUACAAUCUUAUGUGCAACACGGAAUGGGUUUUUCCCAUCCUUCCAGGAAGUAAGAGUUGCCGAGGCCCAGUUACAGAAAACUGGACGUAUACAAACACCCAGAGCUACAGUAUCGACCCCACAACCCAAGGUGUAGCAGGUAGACGCGCAGUCAACACACUUACCUGGUCCGGAACGAACGAUUUUAAUUACUUUGUCAUAAUCUAUUCGCCUCCCAAAGUCGUAAUCUCAAUCAUAAUAAAUCUCAUUCAUUAUCUAAUAUAAUGAGUCAUAUGCUAACCUGUAAAAUCUCAAACAACCCUUAAUUAAUUUUAUAAUAUUACGAAACUAUCAGAUUGGAGACCGUGACUGGAGAGUCGGCACCAAUCAUGGGCCAGGCGGAAGUUAAAAUCUACAUUGAUCAGUUGAAAAUAAGACAUCGCGCUCUCGUAGCUGGCAUCGAAGAUGACUUCAUUCUGGGAAUGGAUUUGAUUAACCGCCAUGGAUUACAGUUAGAACAGAAAUCGAACCCGGAUUUGUCCACGGUAUUGUUCAACCACCGCACACCCCCAAGGAGAAUCUCAUGAUUGCUAGUGCUUUAAUCAAUAUCGAAAAUGACAUACCUGUUUUUCCUAAACUCAUGAUCAUCAAGAGUGGGGAGGUUCUUGCCGUCUGUCAACCAGUCACGAAGAUAGUUCAUCAUUACGAAGCACUUUGUGAUAACACUGAUGAAGGAAGAAAAAGCAACUUAGAAAUUCCUGCCCUAGAGCUUGGUCAUCUAACCGAUCAUCAACGGAAUGUAGUAAGAGAUUUUCUGCUGAAACACAGUGGAAUGUUUGCAUUUGGAGAGUCCUCUGAGCGUUCACGAAAUGGUGCGCCACAAGAUCCGGUUGGCGAGUGACAGAAUGAAAACACGUUACGACCGUAAGGGUAACUCAGUAGGAUUCUAGGCAAGGGAUUUGGUAUAGCUUUAUAAUCCCCGAAGAAGGAAAGGUCGUUGCACGAAGUUGUCACCAGACUGUGAAGGUCCAGGUAAGAUUGUUCAUUUAGACCGCCUCAUGAAGUACAACAGUGACAACGUCGACGUUUCUGAUCGGGACGAUCAGAACUAAGGAGGGGGCAGUGUUACGAAAUAAACCCAUACGCCGCCCCGAUACGACGUCUAUGGGUUCCUGAGCUUUCUAAUACAUACGGCGUUGAUGGGUGAGUCAUCAUCGCUGACGGUGUCGAAGCGGCGUUCCAUAAAGGCAAGUCUGAAACGGCUUACCGGAAAUCUCGAGUGGGGGCCCAGAAGACCCCCGAAACGGCGUUCUCGAUCCAUCGAGAAGAACGUUAGGUUUAAAAUAGAAGCCACCGUCGGGAACGAAGAUCAUUCAGCCAGCAGAAUCGACAAAAGUACAGUCAAGGUGCGCCGGAAUUAUGUUGUACAUAAUCGCUGUGUAAUAAUCAGUCGUCUAAUUCGAGUUAUUAAGAAAUAAAUUGUUGAGUUUAA